UCAUUUCGCCUUGACCAAUUUACCGGAGCUCAGAGGGUGUGGGAGCGUUCAGAAUUAGGUUUGAUUGUCGAAAUAAUAGAUCCAUAUAGUCAUCUUUUGCAUUCUAAACUCUACUCCUCGGAAGGAAGAUUCACCUUUACGGCCCAUUCCCCUGGAGACUAUCGUAUUUGUCUAUCCUCAAAUUCUUCUGCAUGGUUUGGUGGAGAGCUUCUGGUAGGUGUCUUGGUAUUUUAUUCAUCUCCUCAGAGGGUUCAUCUGGACAUAGGAGUCGGGGACCACGCGCAAAACUAUGCUGAAAUAGCAUCGAGAGAAAAACUUAGCGAUCUUCAACUUAGAGUUCGCCAGCUUUUAGACCAAGUAGAAAUGAUAUCUAAAGAUCAGAGUUUCCAGAGAGUUCGCGAAGAGUAUUUUAGGGAUCUUAGUGAGAGUACAAAUCGACGUGUUACUUGGUGGAGUAUUGCUCAGUUCAUCUUGUUGGUCAUUAUUGGUAUAUGGCAGAUGCGACAUUUGCGUUCGUUCUUUCAAGCAAAAAAGUUGGUAUAG